AUGGAAACUGAAGACGAAGUUCUUGUUCUCGAUUUCGAUACAACAACUAGUAUGAAAAAAAUGAUAUCACAAUUCACUUGCGACUAUCGCAAUAUCGUCUCCGAGUUCGCCGACGUUGAAAUUUUUAUCAUUUCACUAGAUAGUUUAAUUGUUGAAUGUCUUGCACAUUCGUACCAUGACUGGACGUUGGCUGGACAGUCUAUCGUUCUUACUACCCAGAUCGAUAAGUUCCUACAGCAAUUCGUAAAUUUUGGUGGAAAAUUCAAAUUAGUAGUGUUCACUGACUUUGCGUCCCAGUUCGCACGAGACACUACCGCUAGAGCUUUCGCCUCGCCACAUGCAAUCGCACCACGUUCCAUGGAUCCCUUCGCCAAAAGGACUUGCUGUACUUCACAAGCCCUAUUGAUCCGAACUGGGGACAACUUCUUCAAGAUUUAA